UUGAUUGGGCAAGUCUAGCCUUUGAAGGCGUAAUCUUCGAGACAGAGGCUACGAUACCUAACUUGAUCGAGAUUCCAGAUGAUGAAAUAUGCGGCAAAUUGAGGGACUGCCUUGGAAAACAAAGGGUGAGGAGACAUGUCGAGGCUGGCUUCGUAUUAGUAUAAGAAGUCGAUAAUCCCAGAUCUCAACAACAUUUUCUCUUCCAUCAUUAUCAAUAACAACAUCAACAACAUUUACUCAUUAUCUUAAAGAUAGUCUUGAUACCCUUUACUACUACAUAUAUAUUCACUAGCUAUAUCCACAACUAUCCAAUAUGUCAGGCAUAGUCAACAAGGUUAAGGAAGCCGUUACUGGCCACCACUCUUCUUCUACCAGUCACAACAGCGCCCCCGAGGGUACACACGGACCUCACAGCAACCGAACGGCCAAUGCCGCAGACCCAAGAGUCGACAGCGAUCGUGACAACCGUGCCGCGCCCAGCUCAACCGUUGGUGGCUCUCACCCAUACACCACUGGAGACAACUACACUCAUGGCGGAACUGGCACUGCAACAACCGGUGCCCACCAAGAAGGUGUUUCUGGACCACACAACUCUCGUGUAGCUAAUGCUGCCGACCCACGAAUCGACUCAGACCGAGAUGGCCGCUUUGCGGGCAACACCGCCGGCGACUAUGGUGGCAGUGGCCGAGAAGGAGCUGGUGGACCCCACAACUCCCGACUAGGUAACGCUGUUGAUCCUCGUGUCGACUCGGACCGAGACGGCUCUCGCACCGCCGGUAACACAUACGGAAGCUCAGGCACUGCCGGAACUACUGGCGCCGGGUAUACUCCCGCCGGCACCACGGGUAACAACUUUGGCAGCACUGGUGCUGGAUACGGCUCUACUACCGGCACACACGGCUAUGAUUCGACUUCCGGUACAACCGGCACAACUGGCACCACCGGUAACUACGGACACGGUGUUGGUAACCAUGGUGCUGGCGGUACUCAUGCUUCUACGGGUACUCAUGGUCUCACCGGAGCUCACGGUACUACUACCGGUACCACCGGCACUCACGGUCCUUCUGACACCUACAACACGAGCGGCACUCACGGUACGACUGGCACCCAUGGUACAACUGGUACCCAUGGUACUACCGGCGCAUACGGUACGACCGGAACUCACGGCACGACUGGAACCCACGGUGCAACUGGAACUCACUCCACCCACUCCGGCCCAGGUCCUGCCCCCGACACCGCUGGUCCCCACAACAGCAACAUCCUCAACAAGCUUGACCCCAGAGUCGACAGCGAUCUCGACCACUCCCGGACCGUCGGCGGCGACAAGACUUACCAGUCUGGAAACUAUGCCAAGGAUCCCACAGACGCCGCUCAGGUACCCCCCUCCACUCUACGUCGACAUAUCGGAGAGCCGACGAUCGAGCACGGAAACCAUGGAGACCACCAACGCCGGAAUAGUGUGGCGUCGCACCAAGAGACGCAUAUGGGAUUAUAAGAGCGUUUUUUGGAUUGGGUUAUGAUGGAAUGAAAAAUAUUACGAUACUGUAAUUGUAAAUUAGAGAUAUUUCCUUUGUGGCAUGACGUCCCAGAUGGGAAAUGAACAUAUAUUAUAUCUCUAUUCUAUGAU